AUGGCGCCCGGUCUUGUCUCCCCUCAACCUGCCGUGUCAAAAGAGGCCACCAAGUCGCUCCAUGAAGUGACGGCCGAGUACGAUGAUACGUUGAGGUUCUACCUUAAUGGGACGAAGGUGGUGCUGGACAGUGCGGAUCCUGAGGUCACGCUACUGGAGUACCUGAGGGGGAUUGGGUUGACCGGAACGAAGUUGGGAUGUGCAGAGGGUGGAUGUGGUGCUUGUACGGUGGUUGUGUCACAAUUCAAUCCAACUACCAAGAAGAUAUACCACGCUUCCGUAAACGCAUGCCUCGCACCGCUCGUCAGCAUAGAUGGCAAACACGUCAUAACAGUCGAGGGAAUCGGCAAUGUAAAGCGACCACAUCCGGCACAAGAGCGCAUAGCAAAGGGCAAUGGUAGCCAGUGUGGGUUCUGUACUCCCGGCAUAGUCAUGUCCUUGUAUGCGCUCCUUCGCAAUAAUGUUGGGCCGAGCGAACUUGAGGUUGAGGAGGCCUUUGAUGGCAACCUUUGCAGAUGUACAGGAUACAGACCUAUAUUGGAUGCGGCACAGAGCUUCAGUGUGAAGACGGGCUGUGGCAAAGCAAAGGCCAAUGGCGGUGGUGGAUGUUGCAUGGAAAAAGAUGGUGCAAAUGGAGGAGGCUGCUGUAAGAAUAGGACAGACGGAGAGGACCAACCUAUCAAGAGGUUCACACCACCGGGAUUCAUCGAGUACAAGCCGGAUACAGAAUUGAUAUUCCCCCCACAACUACGAAAACACGAGUUCAAGCCUCUGGCAUUCGGUAAUAAGAAGAAGAGGUGGUUCAGACCGACGACUUUGCAACAGCUACUAGAGAUCAAAGAUGCGUAUCCGUCAGCGAAGCUCAUCGGUGGCUCGACGGAGACACAGAUUGAGAUCAAGUUCAAGGGCAUGAACUACAACGCUUCAGUGUUUGUUGGAGAUAUUGCAGAGCUACGACAGUUUAAGUUGCAUAACGACCACCUCGAAAUUGGUGGUAAUGUUGUUCUCACUGACCUCGAGGAAAUUUGUAAAGAUGCUCUUGAACACUAUGGGCCUGUACAGGGCCAGCCGUUUGCGACCAUUUUGAAGCAGAUUCGAUACUUCGCCGGACGACAGAUCAGGAACGUAGGAACACCAGCAGGUAAUCUGGCGACAGCGAGUCCCAUUUCAGAUUUGAAUCCGGUUUUUGUCGCCACGAACGCAACGCUCGUGGCCAAGAGCCUCAAGGAGACGACGGAGAUUCCCAUGUCGACGUUCUUCAAGGGAUAUAGGCAGACUGCACUGCCACCAGAUGCGGUGAUCGCUGGUUUAAAGAUCCCAGUGGCGAAAGAGAAGGGUGAAUAUAUCCGUGCCUAUAAACAGGCGAAAAGAAAGGACGACGACAUUGCAAUUGUGAAUGCAGCACUGAGGAUUACACUGGACGAUCAACAUACUGUCGAGAGUGUGGAUUUGGUGUACGGUGGCAUGGCACCCACGACGAUCCACGCGCGGAAAGCAAUGGACUUCCUCCAGGGAAAGAAGUUUGCCGACCUCAAAACGCUGGAAGGUGUCAUGGACAAGCUUGAGGAAGACUUUGACUUGCGAUUCGGCGUACCAGGUGGUAUGGCCACGUACAGAAAGACUCUUGCUCUUGGUUUCUUCUACAAGUUCUAUCAUGAAGUUUUGGCUGAACUGCAUGCUGAGGAAGUUGAGAUUGACACCCAAGCUAUUGGUGAGAUUGAAAGAGAUAUCAGCAAGGGCGAGAAGGAUAAGAAGGCCGCGGAGGCGUACAUCCAAAACGAAGUUGGACAAUCGAAGAAUCACGUCGCGGCUAUGAAGCAAUGUACAGGUGAAGCGCAGUACACGGACGAUAUCCCACUGCAAAGGAAUGAGCUCUACGGAUGCUUGGUACUGUCAACCAAGGCGCACGCGAAGUUGCUCUCAGUUGACGCAGAACCUGCGCUAGAGCUACCUGGCGUUGUUGCGUAUGUUGAUCACAAUGAUUUGGCAACACCCGAAUCCAACUGGUGGGGUGCGCCGGCUUGUGACGAGACAUUCUUCGCCAUUGAUGAAGUCUUCACAGCCGGUCAGCCUAUUGGUAUGAUCCUGGCAGAUACCGCAAAGCAUGCGGAGCAAGCUGCGCGGGCCGUCAAGAUUGAGUACGAGGAGCUUCCGGCGAUCUUCACCAUUGAAGAGGCUAUCCAGAAAGAGAGCUACUUCAACCACUUCCGUCAUAUUAAAAAAGGAGAUACUGAGAAAUCAUUCGCCGAGGCUGAUCACGUCUUCACUGGAGUUGCGCGAAUGGGUGGACAGGAGCACUUCUACCUCGAGACUCAGGCUUGUCUGGCAGUUCCAAAGCCAGAAGAUGGCGAGAUGGAAAUCUUCAGCAGUACACAAAAUCCGGCAGAGACACAAGCCUACGUUUCCAAGGUGGUUGGUGUUGCUGCGAACAAGAUUGUCACUCGCGUGAAGCGUAUGGGUGGCGGUUUCGGUGGUAAGGAGACACGCUCUGUUCAACUCGCUGGUAUUGUGGCCUGCGCAGCGAACAAGGUCCGCCGACCUGUACGUUGUAUGCUGAACCGGGACGAGGAUAUCAUGACAUCCGGACAACGACACCCCUUCCUUGCUCGGUGGAAAGUAGCUGUCAACAAGGACGGAAAACUGCAAGCUCUCGAUGCAGACGUCUUCUGCAACGGUGGCUGGAGUCAAGACCUUUCUGGUGCGGUUGUCGAGCGGUCUCUCUCGCAUAUCGACAACGUCUACUCGAUACCUAAUAUCCACGUACGUGGCCGCGUCGCAAAGACCAACACAGUCUCCAACACAGCCUUCCGUGGUUUCGGUGGACCACAGGGAAUGUUCAUCGCCGAGACUUACAUGGAAGAAAUUGCCGACCACCUCAACAUUCCAGUUGAGAGACUGAGGGAAAUAAACAUGUACUCACCCGAAACGAACAUGAUAACGCACUACAACCAGGAAAUCAAGGACUGGUAUGUUCCUUUGAUGUACAAGCAGGUGCAAGAAGAGUCUUUCUACGCACAGCGCCGGCAAGAAAUUGAAGAAUGGAACAAGAUGCAUAAGUGGAAUAAGCGCGGUCUCGCCAUCAUACCGACGAAAUUCGGUAUCUCCUUCACAGCGCUCUUCUUAAACCAAGCUGGCGCGCUGGUACACAUCUAUCAUGAUGGCAGCAUUCUUGUUGCACAUGGUGGAACAGAAAUGGGUCAGGGGCUGCACACGAAGAUGACGCAGAUAGCAGCUGAGACGCUGGGAGUACCACUCGCGGACGUAUUCAUCAGCGAGACGGCGACAAACACCGUUGCGAACAGCUCCUCGACUGCCGCCUCUGCCUCCUCAGACUUGAACGGAUACGCCAUUCAUAACGCCUGUCUACAACUAAACGAGCGCCUUGCACCCUUCAAGGAGAAGCUUGGCCCCAACGCGACCAUGAAGGAACUGGCUCACGCCGCUUACUUUGACCGUGUCAACCUUUCCGCCCAAGGCUUCUACAAAACACCCGACAUCGGCUACGUCUGGGGCGCCAACACUGGCCAAAUGUUCUUCUACUUCACUCAAGGUGUUGCAGCAGCUGAGGUUGAAAUCGACACCCUGACUGGUGACUGGACUUGUCGUCGCGCCGAUAUCAAGAUGGAUGUCGGUCGCUCCAUCAACCCGGCCAUCGACUACGGCCAGAUCGAAGGCGCGUUUGUUCAGGGCCAGGGCUUGUUCACUACUGAAGAGAGUCUUUGGCUCAGGGGAACGGGUGGCAUAGCGACGAAGGGACCGGGCAAUUACAAGAUUCCUGGCUUCAGAGACAUACCGCAGGUGUUCAAUCUCAGUUUGCUCAAGGAUGUGCAGUGGGAGAAUCUGAGAACUAUUCAGAGGAGUAGGGGUGUUGGCGAACCACCCCUCUUCAUGGGCUCAGCUGUCUUCUUCGCUAUUCGCGAUGCACUCAAAUCUGCUCGCGCGCAGUUUGGGGAAACUGAGGUGCUGCACUUGGUUAGUCCGGCUACCCCGGAGCGUAUAAGGAUCAGCUGUGCAGAUCCGAUAUUGAAGCGUGCGUGGGUCGAGCCCAAGAAGGGAGAGAAGAGUUUCUUUGUUAGUAUUUGAGCCUGGGAUGUAGUACAGAGGGGUUAUUUCUUGGGUUCUUCAUGUAUCUCACAGCGAAAAAGGGCAAAUAAGCAUCGAGAAUGCUUUUUCAAAACUACA